UUCACCUCGAACUGUGAUGAUAAUAGGGAAAUGGUCACUGUUGAACAGAUCACUUGCUACUUCCCAUUUCAGGAUCCUGUGAAUGAUCGGCGAGCAUAUUGAUAAGUCAAUCGUGUCAAACGUUCCCGACCUUACGUUAAAGAAUGUUGCCGAGUCAUCGUUUAAUAUGAUGAGGUGUUUAUCUUCAAUCAAAUUUAACAGCUCUUUACCGCGAGCAUCACUCGAGUUUGAACCCCAGACGGUGUUAUGGGAAUUAAAAUCACCAACAAGAACGAAUGGGUUUUAUUGCCACGACUUGAUAGUUUGUAUCGAUUCUGAUUCUUUUAUAUGGUACCUAUGUCUUGGCGGAUCGCGAACGCUACACCUCCACACGCUCUUUCCGGUUUUAAAUGUGUUUCCUGAAGAGCGAUGCACACCGGAUUAUGCUCUUGGAUGAGUAACCUCAAUUCAUUUUGGUUAUGUGCUAAACCCCGACAGUUCCACUGUAUGAUUUUGAGUUUGAAUUUUGUUUUAGGUUUGUGCGAUCAGCAUAGGUGUAUGCUCUUAAAGAUAAGAUUAAAAGAGACAACAGUGGAAUAAAUAACAUUAAUAUGUAAUAAAUCACAGUGUAUAAGGGACGACUACAAACAGAGUAAUAAUUAAUUUUUGAACACAACAGACACAAAUAGUUUACUUCGUAACAAUUCCACCUUACAAUACAUUUGUACAU